GUAUGCGGAGGGCCAUUGAGCCAACCUGUCCCUAAACUAUUGGUUUAAUUAAAAAAAAAAAACUUUCACUUAUCACCCCUGCUAUGGACAAGAAAUUACCAGAAGAAACCCAAUAAAAUUGACUAAGCUUUAUUCUUUGGUAAAUCUUUAGUAGGAUUUACCAAAGAAUUUUACACAAUUAAGUAGCAAGGAAGGAGUCUCAGCUUCAUUGUGCUAUAAAACAUAAUCUGGUGGCUCCUUCCUUCUUCCAUUGCAACGUUUUCCAGGUUGAUCUUAUAGAUUUCGGAGGAAAUGAACGAUAUAAAGGGAUAUGGAUUCCGACCAUCCGAUGAAGAACUUAUUGGAUAUCUAGAAGAUAUAACAUUCGGCCAUGAUUCUCUCGUCCAAUAUAUCACUCAACUCAAAGACAUCUGCGAGUUUCAGCCUUGGGAAUUACCUGGGCUUUCAGUGCUACAGCCAGGUUGUAGGGAGUGGUAUUUCAUCUACUCAUUGAAUCACAAGUACCAGAGAGGUAAUCUGAUCAAAAGAGUCACCAAGGAAGGAUACUGGAAGUCAACAGGCAGGCGCCGAAAGGUACUGGCUAGUGAUACCAAAGCAGAGAUUGGCAGCAAGAGGUCUUUAGUUUUCCAUGAAGGUCGUCCUAAGGGUACCAGCACAAAGAAAAACAAGACCAUGAACGAAAACAACAAAGACAAGACCAAGUGUAGAUGCUACAACAGGAACAAGGCUGUCUGGGUCAUGCAUGAAUAUCAACUCAAUACUGCAACUCCCCCUAAUCAGACCACAUUUUUUCUGGGUAAAUUAAUGAAACGAUCUGAGGACGCCAGCAUUUCAAACAACAAAGGUGCAUCAAAUCACGAUUUGCCUUCUGAUUUAAGAAAUCAAGUUGCAAAGGACACAACUACUCCAGAGGGCCAGUUUGACUCCAAUAAACCAUUAGUGGAGGUAGAAGCAUCUGGUGGAGUACAAAAUCAAUCUAGCACCAAUGAACAAGAUAAUGGUGCUCAGAAUGAUGAAACAAGCUACCAACAUGAUUUUGUUGAUAAGAAUGAAGUCUCUAACCUAGCCUCGAAUUCGAGAAAUUAUGCUACAGUUGAUGCAAUUUCAAGAGACUCUGUAGAUGUCCGUGGAUUGCUAAUAACACAGCCAGAAUCACCAACUGGCAGUGCUGUGGUUCAAAAUCAAUUCAGCACUAGUGAACAUGGUAAUCCCUCCCAGAAUUUCACCUAUCUUGAAGCAAGAAGCAAUCAACAUGGCAUAGUUGCUGAGAUUGAGAGCUCCAACUUGCUAGCUAGUUUUGAAAAUAUCUACCCAACGGAUUCGUCUGACUAUGAUCUUUGCAAUAUUGAUGAACUAUUAGCAAUGAUAGAUACUCCAGAUAACUGUUCUGUGUUUCAAAAUCAAUCUAGCACCAAUGAACAAGAUGCUAAGACCAGGAAUUCCCUACCACCCUAAAGAAAGAAGCAAAUAGGCCACUGAGAUUGAGCAUAUCAACUUAUGUGAGUUUGUUAAUUGAUAUUUUUAACUGGAUGUAAUAGUUAUGUCUCAUAAUUAUGUUAAAGUUUGUUCAAUUUGAUUCUACUUGUCCAGGUAAUCUUAUGUUAUCUACUGUUAAACUCUACAAUUAUGCUCUUUAAUUAGCCGUCUCAGAACAGCUUCAAUGGACGCUGACUGUUUCACUGAUCAAUACGAGUAUUCAACUUUAAAACCGGAAACUGCAUGUAAAAGAAGACCAAGUGGUUUUUAAUCUUUGGCUAUGGUCUGCGGGCACCACACUGUUUAGGCUUCAUUUGGAUGCCAUCUACCGUUGCAUUAGAGAGGGUUUUGACCCACAACCGCACCGUGCUGUGCAUUUGAAGAGCAACCCCUCCUCCCACCCCACCAAUGCAUUAGGGGGCGCUCAAUUGCAUCACCUUUCCAAUUUCUCAUUGAAGGGGAAAGGGGUCCAGUAGUCACGAAUAUAUCCAAA